AUGUUGAGGGCAAAGCAACUCAGCACGCUAACCCAGUGUGCACGGUCCUUCUAUCUUAGUGGGUCAAGGUGUGGUAGCGCGGAUGGAGCUUCGUGCACGUGCCCUGAUGAUGACACUUGUGGUUCAAAGAGGCAGACUGCGAGUGCUAUCGAGCGCAGAUCUUCUGUGAAGGCUCAGCCUCUGUCUGCGCAGCAUGUUGCUGGUAGUGCUGCUGGAUACCCAGCUCAAGCUGUUAAUGUCAUUCCUUCCACCUCAUCUCCAGACAAGGAGCCAGCAUCAAGCAACAGAAGUAACCAUCCUGGUAACCGUCAGGUUCAAGGAAAUAAUUAUGUGCAGCCAUCUAAGCAGGCCGCCAGGGGCAUUUCUCAGUCGGGAAUUGCAGGAGCUGGUGUGUAUAAUGAGUUGGUAAAUUUGAAGUCCUCCUCGAAUAAUGGAAGCACUAAGCAAGUUCCACAGGCUGGUGCCAGCUAUUCUAGCAAGCCAUUAUCUGCUGGCCAGUCUUCUAAUAACAAGGCAAAUAAUCAGCAUAGCCAUGCUGGGGCAAAUACCCCUUCCAUGCAAAUUGAUUUUGGGAAGGGGGGCUCAAGAUCUGGAUACGCAAAGCCAAAGCAGAAUUUCUCGGGGCCAGCGGCUGCAGUUUCCGGUUCACCAUCACAAAUAAGGAAUCAAAGGCAUCCUAAUCAAGGCCACUCAAAUUACCAUUCUAAUAGUAGUCCCAAUUCAGAUGGCAGGUGGGCUGGAGUUCAAACUCGCAACUUCUCAGCUCCAACUGUUUAUAGUGGUCCCUCUGACAAAUCUCAGGGCCCUUUAGUAGGAACAAUAAAAGGUCAUGGCGGAGGACCGCAGUCUAAUUUAAGAUCACUGAAGUCAUUGCGGGCAGUCGAACAGUACUACCAUACGCUGCAGCAGAUGAAGUGGGGUCCCAUGACGGAACAUGUUCUUGAUAAUCUCCGUUGCAAGAUUGACGCGUUCCAGGCUAAUCAAGUGCUGAAGCUGCUUCAUGACCACAAUAUCGCGCUCGGUUUCUUCCAUUGGUUGAAGCGGCAGCCAGGGUUCAAGCAUGACGGCCAUACCUACACCACCAUGAUAGGGAUCCUCGGACAGGCAAAGCAGUUUGGCACGAUGAGAAAGCUUCUCGAUGAGAUGAGCUUGGUAAACUGCAAGCCAACUGUGGUGACAUACAACAGAAUAAUACACGCGUAUGGCCGUGCAAACUUUCUAAGAGAGGCUGUUAAGGUCUUCGAGGAGAUGGAGGGAGCUGGUUACGAGCCUGAUCGCGUCACAUACUGCACACUGAUUGAUAUCCAUGCUAAGUCAGGGUACCUGGAAGUGGCCAUGGAUCUGUAUGGCAGGAUGCAAGAAGUCGGCCUGUCGCCCGAUACCUUCACCUACAGCGCCAUGGUGAAUUGCCUUGGAAAAGGGGGCCAGCUGGCGGCCGCCUACAAGCUUUUCUGCGAGAUGAUCGGGAACGGGUGCACGCCCAACCUGGUUACCUACAACAUAAUAAUCGCCCUGCAGGCCAAGGCAAGAAACUACGACAAUGUCGUGAAGCUGUACAAAGACAUGCAGAUCGCCGGAUUCCGCCCCGACAAGAUAACCUACAGCAUCGUCAUGGAGGUUCUUGGUCACUGUGGUCAUCUGGACGAGGCUGAGGCUGUGUUCCUCGAGAUGAGGCGCGACUGGGCUCCUGACGAGCCCGUGUAUGGUCUUCUGGUGGACCUCUGGGGCAAGGCCGGCAAUGUCGACAAGGCGUUAGGGUGGUACCAUGCGAUGCUCCAGGAUGGUUUGCAGCCCAAUGUGCCCACCUGCAAUUCCCUACUCAGUGCUUUCCUCAAGCUCAACAGGUUCCAGGACGCCUACAGCGUGCUCCAGAACAUGCUUGCGCAGGGGCUCGUUCCGUCUCUCCAGACAUACACCUUGCUGCUCAGCUGCUGCACCGAUGCUCAUGCGCAGAUGGGGCUAUGCUGCCAGCUCAUGGCGAUCACCGGACACCCCGCCCACAUGUUCUUGCUGUACCUGCCCGACGCCGAGCCCGGCGGCGAGAACGUGAGGGACCACGCCAGGUAUUUCCUGGACAUGAUGCACAGCGAGGACCGGGAGAGCAAGAGGGGCAUAAUGGACGCCGUGAUAGACUUCCUGCACAAGUCCGGCCUCAAGGAGGAGGCCGGCUUCAUCUGGGAGGUGGCCGCGCAGAAGAACGUCUACCCAGACUCCGUCAGGGAGAAGAGCUCCUCCUACUGGCUCAUCAACCUCCACCUCAUGUCUGAGGGCACCGCCGUCACCGCUCUCUCCAGGACGCUCGCCUGGUUCCACAGGCAGAUGCUGCUCAUGGACUCCUGCCCCGAGAGGAUCGACAUCGUCACCGGCUGGGGGAGGAGGAGCAGGGUCACCGGCUCGUCGCUGGUCCGCCAGUCCAUUGAGAAGCUUCUGCAUCUCUUCCAGUUCCCGCUCUUCGCCGCCCGCGGCAACACCGGCUGCUUUGUCGGGUGCGGGGAGCCGCUCAGUCAGUGGCUGCACAACCCCUAUGUCGAGCGCAUGCAUUUGCUCUAG